AUGAUUGUCACUGUUCUUCUGCUACCUGUUGUGACAGCUCUUUGUCCUGAUACCGCCACCUGCAUAAAUCGGGUGAAAGAGAUCGUGGCAGCUCCUAGAAAGUUCUGGUUCGGCGAACAGCGCCGCUCCUUAUGCCAGGGACGAAACGCAGAUUCCGUGGAUUGUUUUGGACCUGAGCACCUCAGCGCCUACCACUCAGUUGGAAGUCGUUUGUUCCGAGUCCGGACCUAUCAUGCAGCUUAUCUGAGGAAUUUGCGGAUUUUCCCUAGAGUUACAUUCAGAGCCCACUCAGGCGAAUAUCGUGCUUGCGACCACGAGUAUCGCGCUGGGAACGGCAGUGCACAGGUGAUUGAGGCGGAUCCUGAUAUGACUCCUGUAGCUCCGUACUUUAUUCGUUCAAAGCCUGAGAUAACCUGGCAGGGAUUACGUUACGAUGAAGAGUUCACGUUGGCAAUAAUUGACGUUGGGUUCGGCUCGUUGAACUAUUUGGUCACUGGAUUUCCUCAAAAACCAAUGAUGUUGCACGACUACGAGCCAUCGGAGAAUUUCCGUCCUGAGCCGAACCCAAUGGUCGUCGUGGUUUUCCGCAAAUCAAAACACUCGCUGGGGUUCGGUAAUCCCAAAAACUUCGACAUUUCCAAGUUUAUGUUGGAGAAUGACCUCGCGGACGAUUUGAUCGGACUCUCGCUAGUCAUCGUCGGCAGCGACCCCUUUGCCAUAGAACGACAGCGUCUUCGAGGAACCGUCGACAACUGUCAUAGCCUGCUCAGAAACAAAUUGCGCCGGCAUCCACCCUCAUCUUUACUAAGUCAGCUUCCGCUAGACGAGCUAAAUUCCUGGUUAACUGUUUCCGUUGGAUAUCCUAAGAUGGAUGUUAAUGUGUGUUGUCAUCGAAUACAACAGAGAGCUGUGACUAAAUUCUUCGAUCCUCUGGGCGCUCUUACAGUAUCAGCUCUUUCGAUGCUCACUCCACCUACUGUGACUUCAGCUCGAAUAACCGUCCAGAGCUCUUCCUACGUAAAUUACCAUAGGCAAGCAAGAACGCAUAUUGCCUUAAUGGAUGACCUAUACAGUCUUGUAGCACUAGAUGCUACUACAUCAACGCUGCACUGGAUGAUCGUUGACAUUCCUGCCCAAGAACUGGCCUCCGCCCCAAAUGGGAUCACGAAAGCCAGCUACUUACCGUUUGCACCUGCGAAGCCAGCCUCGUGUUCUCCUUUCGCGUUGUUCCUCUUCUCCCAGCCCUCCUCGCUUGACAUGAGUCCCAUCUUCUGCGACGGACAAUGCGAACAAAGAAAGAAGUUCCGAUUCGAUCUCUUCAAGCAACGCUACGGACUGAGGCUGAGAGCAGUGUCUUGGGUGACUGUUUGUUACGACCUGCCUUACGCUUACCACCUCAUAAGGACUGCUGAAAAUUUAACUGUCGACGAACGUAGUCAUAGUCGCAGAAGUUCUGUGUCGUCGUCUCCCAGCCAGUCUUCACUCAUUUGCGCCGCAUUCCACGUCUCACACCCUCAGAAGUGUCUCACAAGUACUUCAGCAGCGCUAUCAGUGCUGCUGCCGGUUCUCUUCGUCUUCUAUCUUAAGUGGUGUUAA